GCCAUGAAAAGAAAGCAAAAGCUUUGAAUUUAAAAAAUAAAAAAUAAAAAAUAAAAAACCAAAACUACAAAACAAAAGCAUUUGGUUCCUACGUUUGGUGAUGGUUAGUGAUUUCUUCCGUGUUACCAACCAGAAGAAGAAGCGGAAGCAGAAGCAAAACCAAAAGCAGAAGUCAAAUCGGGAUUUCAGCUUGGGCUUAACUGUCAUUUCGCCCUUUCUUGCCUUUUUUAUGUUAUUUCCCUCAUCAGGCGACGGCGUUGGUACUGGUUUUGGGAAAUGGAUCCUCUUCGCCGAAGCGAGCUCUGGCACCGGCGGUAGCGGUGGUGGCGGUGGCGGCGGUUUCUGGUCUUCUUACUCUGCGGUUUCGCCUUCUGCUAUAGCCAUCGUCGUCACUGCCAUGGCUGGCAUCGCCCUCGCUGCCACUGUCGUCUACUCUCGUAGGGGUAGCCUAAAAUCACCUUGGUCCCGUAGGAGAAGAAAACAUGCACUUCUACCUAAACAAUGGAAGAAUUUAUUCACAGCAGAUGGGAAACUCAUAGAUGGUGGCGUCAAGUUUCUUAAGAAAAUUCGAAGUGGAGGUGUUGAUCCAAGUAUUAGAGCAGAGGUGUGGCCAUUCCUCCUUGGAGUAUAUGACUUCAACAGUUCGAGGGAAGAAAGAGAUUCCAUUAGAAGUCAGAAAAGAAAAGAGUAUGAAGGCUUGCGGAAACAAUGCUGCCAAAUUCUUAAACGCACUGAGAAGAGUGGUAAGUUGGAGGAAACUGCUGGAAACAGCUGCGAUGAAGACAGUGGGGAUUUCAGUCAAGUUCUUGAUUCUCCAGGCUUGGAGGAUGUGGUUAGUGGUAGGAGGUACCACUCCAGUAAGGGAGGAAGCCCUGUGGUUGAUGAUUCUGAUUGCCCUCUGUGUGAUCAAAGUCAUCAAACCCUUCUAUCCUCUGACUCAUUUCUGAAGGGAGAUGUUGAUAAGAGUCUAGUCACUGGUGAAACAGAAUCAUCUGAUUCUGACUCCUCUGAAGAACAUGAAAACACACCUCUCCUUACCUCAAAAAUAACCGAUGGAAAUAGUAUUUAUGAAGAUGAUAGUGGUAGUUCCUCUCCCUCCCAGAUAGAAGGCCGGUCCAAAUCCCACACUGAUGAAGAUUUUGCCACAUGGCAGAGAAUCAUCAACCUUGAUGCUGUGAGGGCAAAUGAUGAAUGGAUCGCUUAUUCUCCAACUCAGGCUGCAGUAUCCACAAUGAAAGCACGACGGUUAGCUGAAAGUGUUGGCUUGAAGGAUUAUGAUCACUUAGAGCCAUGCAGGAUUUUUCAUGCUGCUCGGCUUGUUACUAUCCUUGAGGCCUAUGCCCUUUAUGAUCCUGAGAUAGGUUACUGCCAAGGAAUGAGUGAUCUGCUCUCUCCAGUUAUCUCAGUGGUAGAGGAUGAUUCUGAGGCCUUCUGGUGCUUUGCAGGUUUCAUGAAAAAAGCUCGUCAUAAUUUCCGACUUGAUGAGGUUGGCAUUAGAAGACAGUUAAACAUUGUGUCCAAGAUUAUCAAGUGCAAGGAUAUUCCCCUAUAUAGACACCUGGAGAAGCUUCAAGCAGAAGAUUGCUUCUUUGUGUACAGAAUGGUUGUAGUUCUUUUCAGGAGGGAGUUAAACUUUGAGCAGACACUUUGCCUUUGGGAAGUGAUGUGGGCAGACCAGGCAGCAAUUCGAGCAGGUAUUGCGAAGUCUGCUUGGGGCAGGGUGAGACUUAGAGCUCCCCCUACUGAUGAUCUUUUGCUUUAUGCAAUAGCAGCUUGUGUUUUGCAAAGAAGGAAGCUAAUCAUAGAGAAGUAUAGCAGCAUGGAUGAGAUAAUGAGAGAAUGCAAUAGUAUGGCCGGACAUCUGGAUGUCUGGAAGCUUCUGGAUGAUGCCCAUGACUUGGUGGUCAACCUGCACGACAAGAUUUAGGACUGCUCUCUUAUUUUUUUUUGGUUAAAUUUCUUUCACUGGUUUUUUUUUAAUUUCCCUCAACUCCUUGCACCAUUUAAGGAUCCAAGUUACUAAACAUUUCUGCUUGAAACAAGCGUUUGAUAGCCAAAUUCCCUGUACCAACUAAAUUAUGGGAUUUAGUAUGAUGGAUUGCCCUUGCCCGCACUUGGGCUUCAUCUGAGUGAUACUGGCAACGCUGAAAAAUCAGCAAUUUAAAAUGUUUUACCUUGCUUGCAAUUAUUGAAAUGACAGAAUCAUGCAUGUUAGUUUUCUCCUUUUCUUUCCAUUCUUUGUCAUUGCUGUUUUAGUUUGUUGCAGCUCAGUUAAGCGGUCCCUAUUGAAGU